AUGACUCCAGCUUUCCUGUUCCUCCUCUUCCUCUCAUUGAUCGAUUUUUCUCCGCUGCAGAGCGCACCGACUGACCUUGGGGAUCGAACGGAGAAGUCCACGAAUGUCUUUGAAAUCAUCCCGACACCCAGAGCUGGCUCAAAAACGCCUUUGCUGCUCGGUGACAUCGCCGUGGUGGAUCCUGUACUCAAGAACGCAGAUCCAUGCACUGGCAGAGGCUGCAAGUGGCCUAAAUCUGGACGCUACGUCUACGUGCCCUACUACAUCGACAACACAUACAGUGAUAAAGAACGCAGCAUCAUCCUGAGAGGUCUGAAGAGUUUCCACGAGUCCACCUGCAUUCGCUUCAUCCCGUGGGCUGAGGGCCGCCGUGAUUACAUCCACUUCUUCACUCGACCUCAGUCUGGGUGUUGGUCCAGCCUUGGGCGUCAGAACGGAGGACAGUACAUCUCUUUGGAGCGAUACAGCUGCACGUACCACUCUACAGUGCAACACGAGGUUCUCCACGCUCUGGGCUUUAAUCACGAGCAAGUGCGCUCCGACAGAGACCGAUACGUUAGGAUCCUCUUCCAGAACAUUAGGCCGGAUCAAAGACACAAUUUCAUGAAGAAGCAGACCAACAACUUGGGGACUCCCUAUGACUUUGCAUCUGUCAUGCAUUACAAAAAUUACGACUUCUCCAAAAAUGGACAACCGACUAUUGUUGCCAAGGACAACCCCAGACUUUCCUUCGGAUAUGCCCGUCAAAUGAGUCACAAUGACAUUGCCCGCCUCAACAAGCUUUACAAAUGCUCAUACGACCUGCUCAGUGAGGUCUGA